GACAGCAAGGACCUUUUCGAAAUAUGCAAAACUGUAAAAGCAGAUUAUCUCGCAAGGUAUGGCUAUGUUGAUGAAUGGAAAUGCAAAUAUUUUGUCAAAAGAGGAGACAUUUUCGGUAUUAAGAUAAAGAUCAACUCUUCUAGAGGAAUACCCCGAAAAUUCAUUCAUAUCUUAGUUGACAACACUGGCAAAUUAAGUUCACAACAAAAAGGAUUCUUCAAAAUGAGUGAUUGCAUUCUUUUGAAUGGAAACAUAUCCUUAUUCAAACAGCAGAUGAAGAGCAAAUGUAACGGAGUUGAUUAUUAUAAGGUGACCGACAGCAAGGACCUUUUCGAAAUAUGCAAAACUGUAAAAGCAGAUUAUCUCGCAAGGUAUGGCUAUGUUGAUGAAUGGAAAUGCAAAUAUUUUGUCAAAAGAGGAGACAUUUUCGGUAUUAAGAUAAAGAUCAACUCUUCUAGAGGAAUACCCCGAAAAUUCAUUCAUAUCUUAGUUGACAACACUGGCAAAUUAAUUUCACAACAAAAAGGAUUCUUCAAAAUGAGUGAUUGCAUUCUUUUGAAUGAAUAUUGGGAGCACUAUGGUAACCUCUUGGGUGGUACGCGGUACUCACAAUUGGACGAGAUAAAUGCGGGCAACGUCGGCAAUCUGACGAUAGCUUGGACAUUCCGAUAUGGCCCUAGUCCCUGGGGGUAUGCAGCUGACAGGUUAUUUCUAAAGGAUCAACAGGCUCCUAUCAUGGUGGAUGACGGCUCGAAGCAUGGAAAUGAUCUAUUGAUACUUUGCACCCCAUGGUGA